GAAGGAAGGCAUUAAGCCGUUGGCCACACAAUCAGAUAAGCAUAAUGGAAAUAAACUCCGAUGGCUACUACUUCUUCCUUCCUCCUCCCUGCGUCCCCUCCCUCCACCGCCUCUCUCCGACGGCGUUUCUUCCGCCGCUCUUGUCUUUCCUCUAAGGUCCACCACCGUCUUCCCCGAGUUAUGAAUGAUUCCACCAGGACUGAAGUAUCCAUUGAUAAAUCAGAAGUAGACAAGCUUGUUGAUAGGAUUGAUUUUGGAGAAUUAUGCAAUGAUUUUGAGUGCACAAGUAGCCCUCAGGUGGAAUCCACAGCCAGACAACUUGUUCGCGACAUUCUUGAAAUCAGGGAAGGAAAUCGUGCCUUUGCAUGCUAUGCAGUUUCCGUUAAAUAUAAGGAUCCGGUUAGAAGUUUUACAGGUCGUGAGAAGUAUAAAAGACCAUUGUGGAUAACUAGUGGAUUAGAGAAUCCUACGGUGACGGUACAAGAGAUGGUAAUGUUGUCCACCAGCGUCUUGCGUAUUAAAUGGAGGGUCAAAGGAAAACCCAAAUCUUUUCUUGCUGCUGUAAGUGGAGAUUUGAUAAUCAAAGUCAAAUCUGAAUUUACUCUUAACCAGAUUAGUGGCCAAGUGAUUGAGCAUGAAGAGUCUUGGGACUUAUCUUCAUCGGCCCCUAUUGCACAAGCCUAUUUCUGGACAUCACGCCGCCUCUUUGCUGCUUCUGAAUCCGCAAAAGAUUUGAGAGAUGUCACAAAAGACUUGACCGCCAAUUUGACAACUCGAAAAGAGGACACAGAUAUAUAUCGUGAUCCAACCGAUCCGAAUAAGUUUUUCCAAAGAGACGACAGCUUUGAGAGAGAUGGGUAUCAGAUUGCACUAUUUCUAGCCAUUGUAUACUUUGUUGUACAGUUCUUGAAGAACACCCUCUAAUUGCUCCCUUCUCAAUAACAUACAUAUUUGUAAAUUUCUAUAUAUUUUUGUAUAUGAUCUGUAUAAAAACCCAACAAGCAAAGAGAUAUGUCUGUGUUGGAAGACUUCUAAAAUUUAUUUCAUCUCCUUUUAGCA